GGAGGCCUGGCAUGCUGCAGUCCAUGGGGUCACAAAGAGUUGGACACAACUGAGCGACUGAACUGAACAAACUGAACACGGAAUAUAGAUGGUCAGACAGGAGACAGAUGAACCGAGGAGCAUUCACUCGCCUGACAGAUGCUACAAGCCAGUCACAAAAAGAACACAUUUAAUGUCUGAAAAUUUCAUAAGAGGAAGAAAAGAAAAAUUCCACGCAACAGUCUGACUCACUCAGAAAAUAGAGGACCGUCUCUCCUUAUUGUUUAGAGGCCCCGCCCAGAGCCCUCAGGUCGGGGAGAUGAAUUAUUGAGGGGAAUCUGAGAGGUACAGAAGCCAUGGAGUGUGGAGAGGUGAUGGGCACAGGGGCUGCUUUGGGCCAGGGCCCCUCAGCCUCCGCAGCCCUCACUGACAACCCACAGGCCCGGUUGACAGUGGUGGUGGAAGUAGAGCGGACAAGAUCUGGUAAGAAGCCCCCACACAUUCAUCUCAGAAGUAACACAGCCUGGGAGAGCCUCCUGGGAGAGGGGGAGGGCAAGGCCAUCUCACUAGGAAACUGAGGCAAAGGUUGAGGGCAAGACUCGGGGGUCCUGGGAGCUCAGUUUCCCCCAGGAGUGUUGACAUGAAGUCUACCUGUCUCAGGCCCCAAGGAGACCUGCUGCCCUAUGCUCCUUCUGGAGGGGGCCAAGAGCAUCUGCCUAUUUCGGCCUGGGCCUGUGGAGAGUCAGGUAGCUAUGGGCUGGGCUGGGGUGUGUGUGAAGAUGGGAGUGACACUGUUGACUCCUAUCCUGCUCACAGGAACAAUGCAUCACCUUUGAUAGAGUCCUGGGUUCUGAUGCCGCUCAGGAGGCAGAGCAGGAGCUGCUAGCACGAGUCCGGCCCACACUGGGCUCAGUGGGCCGAGGGUACAGUGUGGCCCUGCUGCUUCGGGGUCGGGAAACAGAGGCGCCCCGGCUCGUGCCUCAGGUGAGUCCCAGAGAAGGCAUCAGGCAUAGCUGUUUCGAGACUCACAUGUUGCCUCCUCCAGGAGACCUCCAAGAACUUUCCCCUCCCCACCCUAGUGGACUAGAUGUCCCUCCUCAGGGCUCCUAUAGCGCCCCAGAGUCCAUACAGGUUGUUUUGCCUGCAUCAGUCAUGAAGCUAUUGAGAGGUCAGGGAAGGUGGGUGGCUGGGGUACAUAGGGUGAAGGUCAGGGAGGGGUGAUGUGCAAACAUCAAAUACUCAGGCAAAUCUAAUUUUCACUGUUCUUAGUAAUAUUGAUAAUAAAGUUGAAAGUUUUGUUUUUAGGCUUCAUCAGAAUGCCCCCAAACUAAAAUAAUUGCCUCAAAAUCUUGUCAUGAGCCCCUGCCCUUGCAAACAUCAGGUCCCACUGAAAAUAUCUGCUCACUUGUCUGGCUUCCUGUGAACCAUGAGCCCUGGGGCUAUUUUUGUCUUGACCACCCUGUCCACGGCAUCUAGCACAGGGUCAGGCAUAGACUUCGCCCUCGGGAAAUGUUGAAAAAAAAAUUAAUCCUUUCUCAAUCUGCACUGGACCCCUUUCUCCACUUCAGCUGCUACAGAUGCUGUUUGAAGAAGCUCUGCCCCUCAAGGGCUCUGACGCUGUGCUUAGCACUCUUAGCCUGGUACAGCUGUCGUGCUUGUGUGAUCUCAGCUCAGCGCCAGUGGGAGGAGCCGGGACCUGCUGACUCCAGGGGCAGGGAACAUAUCUGUGCUGGAUGUGGCUCCUCUGGGCUUGUGAGUGUCCAGGGCCCAGUGAGGUCUGAGAGCGCUUAUCUUAAGGCAGGGCUAACACCCCAAACUAAGUUGUUGGAGGCUUCUCCCCACUACCACUCCAAGGAAGAGAGGCUCUGAACUAGGGGUCAUGCUUACAGGGCCUGGAUUUGCCCCCAGGACUCCCUCUCACAGUCUUCCCUUCAUCCCUCUCACUCUUCUCUCCACCCCAUCCACUUACACCUCCUCAACUCUGUCAUCCCCAUUCCAGAUGAUCUGAGCAUCUCACUGAGCAGAACUCCAGUUUAUCCAUCUAUAAAACGAGAGCAGUCCCAACUACCUUGUUUCCCACACUGGGCAGAUAAAAGGAGAAAAAUAUAAGAUCAUAAGGAUGAGAGGCUUCUAGGAGAAAUACUGAGCUUGGAGCCUUGGGGAUGAUUCUUACAGGCUCUAGGGAUGCUCAUGGGCUCCCCAUCCAGAGGUUCUGGGGGCUGGACAGAACCCUUGUGCUUAGGAGCUGAGUUCCACCUUCCCUUCCUCCAGGGUGGUGGAAAAUGCCAGUGAAGUGGAGGUAUCUGACUCAAGAGCUGCCUCAGAGCUGUACUUGCGGGCUGCAUGUGGAGAAGGCAGGAGCUGCUCUCUGCUCACUGUCACCAUGUCCUGCCUGGGGUCUGACCCUCCUGAGGGGCCUGGGACCCAGGGCAUGUGGCAAGGAGCCUUGCGGAUCCUGCAGCUUCCAGGAGAAGUAGACUGUCCCCUGCUGCAGGUACUGGCUGGCAAUGUGGCUGGUGAGGAGGUGGAGGGCUCUCUGACCUGGAUUGUCUCAUGGCUUCUGGAAGGAAACAACUACAGUAGCCUUCUUCUUCGCCUGGAUCCUCAAGGCAGCCCCCUGAGCUUGUUCCAGUCUGCUUUGUUGGGGGCUGCAGGAAGGAGGAGGAAGGUGAAACAUGUGAGGCCCACCCUGUGGAAUGCAGUAGAAGAGGCCCGGGCCCGCCGAGCUGGUCUGAAGAGCCUGCGAUCAGGCCUCCUUGGGGACGCCCUGACAGACAGUGGGCUCAGCCAGCUGGGCAGGGCACUGCGGGAGCUGCAUGUGGUAAAAGCCUGGAGCCAGCGUUGGGGAAGCUGGAUGCUCAAAGCAGUCAAAACUGAGGCUGUGGGGCUCCCAGAACCACAGCUCCACUUCAUGGACAAGAAAACGGAGGCUCAAAAGACUAGCCAGCUGCUUGAGGCGACACAUUCAACAGCAAGCCCCAGCCCAGGUCUCCAGAAGGAGCCUCAAGUGGCAGGAAGAACAGCAUCUAUAGGACCUGAUCUCCACCAAAUGAACCCACUCAGGGGCUCUGAGGAACAGGCCCAGCAGACCCCGGACGUGGCCCUGCACUUCUUCCUGGCUCAGGCCCAGAGGCACAGACUGCGAGGGCAGCACCAAGCGUGGAUCCAAGAGGCGCUGAAGCACAUGGAACAGGACGACGAGGUGGUGGCGGGUGACCAGGUCAAAGGUCUGGUGGCUGAGGAGGACUACAAGGAGAGGCAGAGAUGGCACCGGGAGCAGACAGUGCUGAGAUGUCGGCUGGAGGCCCUUCAGGCAGAACGGGAUGCCGCAGAGCAGGACCUGACAGCCCUCUAUGACCUACAUGUGCAGGCUGCCCGGGCUCAGACAUGCCAUGUGCUGCAGGUAUUUCGAGCCUGGCGGGGGCUGUGCGAGGAGCAGGCCAUGACUACAGAGCAUCACUACCGCAGCCUGCUGGCUGGCAUCUUGCAAGACUCCAUCAGCUUGGCCACACAGAACCAGGAGCUCCAAGCCCAGAAUAAGCAACUUCGGCAGACCGGGUUGGCAGCGGUAGUGCUGGAUACCUGCCCUGAGGAGAAAUCUGGUGAUCAGGAACCCGAAAGGGGCACUUUCUUCUCUCCUCGUUUGUAAAGGUCCGAGAAGGGAGAGGAAGGUGGGAUACAACAGCCAAGCUUACCUCUACUAUAGAUAAAUAAUCACAUCACUAACCAGGGCGCAUUGUGCCAGUCCAUUAAAUGCCUAAUAUCCCUUAUUUGAUUUAGAGAUUUCCACUACCCUAUAUGGAG